AUGGCGCGGACCUGUACCGCUGAUUACCUGGGGACGCGGAUAGGCCGCGGUGGACAUCGAUGGGGACCCCCUGCGGGUACCAGCGCGCUGUGUACGGCUCUGGCGUUCGUCUUCUGCAGUUGCCUCACCUUGCCCAGCAUCAUUGGUGCCAAAGACGAAGGAGACAGACCUUUCUACACUCUUUCUGGAGGACAGCGCCUGUCACCCGGUCUGAACCAUCAUUGCACCUGGCGACACCGUGUUGCAACCUUAAAUAUGGCUGCACUCCAUCAAGAAGUAUCUGCAGGCCAUAAUCGCCUUCGGCGAGCUGCCAUUUUACAGAAGAAUCACAGACCUGACUCUUAUCAUUCCAUAUGGAAUGAUAAUACCUAUGUGAAGGAUAUUUCUCGAUUUGCGGAAUUGCUUAAUUAUUCUGAUUGUUGGGUUUGUUUGCAUAUUCCCCCGCAGUCAAGUCACUCGGGUAUAUUAUUGCAUGGUAUUCCAAUCAAUGAUUCUUAUAAAAUUAGUAAUAAUAUGAAAGAUAAUCAUACUAGUUCGCCCCCCGUUAUAUUAUCCUUAUUAGAAACUGCUCCACGAUGUUUUCGUUUUAAUCAUAAUAGUAGUAGAUUUUUAGGUCAUUAUCCUUAUUGUAAUUGGACUUAUGAAUAUGUUAAUGGUAGCUCUUGUUUUCUCAAUGUCACUACCCAAAGCGGCAGGCCCAAGGUAACGAUUAAUAAUGUUACCAGAUACAUGACAUAUUACCAACAGGCUACAUGCCGUGAUUUUCAUUCAUGGUUUGAUUGGAUGAAGAAGAGUUGGAGAGCCACAUGCGUGUUACAACAAAAUCUGUGGCUUUUGUGUGGUAAGAAAGCAUACAAAGAGAUUUCCUCUGCUUUUCCGGGGACUUGCACUCUGGGGGUAGUGAUACCACUGGUGUAUAAGUUAGAUGCCCUUCCACGCACCCGCUUGCGCAAUAAACGUGAGGUCAAUGUCCCUAUAACACAAUAUACUGGUACACAGAUAGCUCGCAGCAUUUUUCCUUUGGUAGGAGUAGCAAUGAAUUAUAGAGAUUUGCAUCGCUUAGCAAAUUGGGCAGAGGCUUUGUUUAAUGCAACAAUUAAAGGCAUGAAAUUGAUCACUACAGAAUUACAGGAGGUUCGUGAAGUCACGCUCCAAAAUACAUACCUAUGUAUGUGCAAGAUAAUGGUCCUAACAUAACUCAUACCAUACAGGAAAUGGAAAAAAUAGUGGCUGAAAGGCCCCUGCAACCUGCCGUGGGUUUUGAUCCCUGGGAAUGGCUGAUGUCUUGGUUGCCUAACGGUAACUGGAUAAGGAAGAUACUCUUGGCGGUUCUGGGAAUGGCCUGUGGAUUGGUUUUGUUAUGUUGCUGCAUUCAAUGUUUACCCUCCCUCAUUGGUCAAUGUUUGACCUGGUUUCAGGCUGUACGCCCCUCCACUGGUAUCACACGUGGAGCCUUCAUUGCGAGGUAUCAGCGACUCCCAAACGAGGUUUAUGAUGACUUAGACGCUUACAUGGGGGGCUAUAGGGCUUAUACCACACUCUCUCCUCCCCCCCCCCGGUGGCACCUGAUCUGCUGCGGAGAGUGCAUGGCAGGUGACCGAACUCCGAUGCCACAACCUGGAAGUCCCAGAGCGGUGCAUCAGUUAGAAUGGGAUGCUUACGAAACCUCCGCAGAUUCUCAAAGGGGAGAAACCAUUUAGAUGUCUGGAGUGUUUGACAUCUUUCUCUCAGAGUUCCCUCUUUCCUUCACAUCAAUAAACGCAGAUAAUCGGAAAUCAGUAUCAAAUGCAUGGAGUGUAUGUGAAGUUCUGGUAUUCGUAUAUAAAGUUGUAUAGACAGGUCUUGAAAGAAAUGAAGGUAAUGUCUCACAAGUAUAAUAGAAGAUAUAAUAUAAUGUUAGAUAGGGAGGGGGAGAAUCUGGAGUGUUGGGGUGAGUGAUGACGGGCUGAGAGUCAGCUGAUUUUCGGUCGUUGGUGGAGAGAGUUGGAAAUGUUGGUGUUAGGAGUUGGGGAGGCAGUUUGGGAGCAGGGUUGGUGGGAUUAGUACCGUGUUUUCCCGGAAAUAAGACACGGUCUUAUAUUUAUUGUUCCUCAAGAGGACACACUAUGGCUUAUUUUCAGGGGUGUCUUAUUCCAGCGGGAAGGGCUCCGCGUGGUGCGGCAUGGCUGAGGGCAGUGAGUUGUUGCUGGGAGGCGCCGGGUCCAUGUCUUAUUUUCGGGAUAUGGCUUACAUUGCGGAAAAGCUUAGAAAUCCUGCUAGGCUUAUUUUAUGGGUCUGUCUUAUUUUCAGGGAAACGGUAUUAUAGGAACAGCAUGUUAACUCCCAUUGAUUUAAUUGCAAUAAAGGAACGAUAAAGACACAAAAAGCAUCUUGUUAAUACCCAAACCUUCAUGUAUUGUUUAUAUUUUGUUAUAGUUUUUAUUAGAUUUUUAUUAAUAGUAAGCCAAUAUAAGCCACAUUAAUUCAAUUGUUUUAUUGAUUGUAGUUUCGAAUUUAUUGUAAUUGCUAAGAGUGGGUUUCUGUUUAAUUUUUAUAUGCUGAUAUUAUUAUUCUAUACUAUUCUAAUGAUUGUUGACUGUUACUUUAUUUGAUGUAGAUUGCUUAUUUUAAAGCUAUGUUUUAUUAUCACAUUUUUGUAUUGUAUCGGAUUGUUAUAAGGUGAUACAUUCUUUGUUUCUUCAGCUUGUAAACCACCUUGAGUAUUGUAAGAUAGAAAGACGCUAUACAAAUUAAAAGUGAUGCUACUAAAUCAUAAUACA